AUGCCGUCGCCGGACGCGGCGGCGAGGCACACGGGCGCCGGCGUGGCGCGUCGGCAGGCCCACCACGAGCGGAUGCGCGACGAGCGCGCUCGGGAAGCGGCCGCGGGCGACGCGGAGCUUCCGCCGGAGGACGACGCGGUCGAGAUGGCGAGCGCCGUCCACGUGCUGGACAGCGUGGCGGAGGUGGGCCCGAACUACACCCUGCUGCGCAGCAAGGAGACGAAGGCGAUGCGGCGGAAGCGACAGCGCGAGGAUGCCAGGGCGGCGCUCGACGGCCACACUGUCAUGCCCACCGGAUCGCGCCUCGAGAUCUUCUGCGACAGCGAGCGGUGGUAUCCUGCGACCGUCAUGGCGCGGGAGGAGGACAGGGACGGACGGAUCGUGCACGAGGCCGGCGCGGGCGCAGGCGGGGAUGGGGAUGGGGAUGUGGCGAUGGACCGCGUGGACGGCGAGCAUGGCGCCCGUGCCGCGGGCGACGCGUAUUAA